AUGGCCCAAAAAGUCAUCUCCAUGUCAAAAUACAGAAUUCUACCAAGCGAGUCUGUUAGUAAUUUCAAUGAAAGCGACUUCGACGGCUACACCGAUGACCUCAAUGACGCUGAAUGGAGAACGGUAGCAGCUCUCAGAGAUACAUUACCUUGCCCCGACAUCCAUGACUCGAGUGAAAUCGAUACCUUUUCUGAUCCGGAUUUUGGCGCUCCGUCGCCGUCGCUGUCUCAAUAUAGUGAUCUUGUGGCCAACUCUAGUGAGCUUCGUUCUGAACUUUGCCUGCUCAAGGGUGGUGUCUGCUGUCUGCGCAACGGACUUCCUACAGUUCAGCUCACGCAAGUAUCCGACACUCAGCAACGACAGGGUAGAAGUGAAAGUAACAGUAUUUUCAUCCUUUCACCUAGUGACGACGAUGCCGGCGACGAUGAUGUCGAUGACGCUAGCAACGAUGCCGCAGGGCAAAGCGGUGAAGCGGAGGAUACCGACGACGAGACGAGCGUCCAACUUAUACCAGAGCUGCAGGAAAACCUACCUGAAAAACAAAAAUGGGAACACCUUGAUCGACCUGGGAGCCUUCGUUUGGCUCACCGGUAUUCUGUUGCUGCCUAA